AUGGGAGUGCAAAAGAGGUUUGAGUUAUCCGCAAGGGAGCUCGGGGAUGGGACGCCUAUCUUUGCCUGGGACUCAACUGGCUCGCACCUCGCCGUGUAUGGCGCAAACGGAAAACUGCAGGUACUCUCCCCGGAUGGUAAGAAGCUGAACACCUCCUCGCUGCCAGGUGUCGUCAGAAUUGCGUGGGACCACUCGUCGGACACUCUUGCGCUUAUUCAAAGGAACGGCAGUAACAUUACGUUGCAAUCGGUGGGGAAGCUGUCUUCCGAUAGCAUUGACUCCGGCCUGCUUGAGCUAUGCUUUAUUGCCUGGUCACGACUUGGCUCACAUCUUGCCGUGGGUAAUGCCAAGGGUGCCUUGGUUGUGAUCAACAGUGAAACACGGAAGAAGUUGCCUAUCGUGGGAACUCACACGAAGAGGAUCGUUGACGGCAAAUGGAGCAUGAAUAACCUGCUGGUUCUGGUGGGCGAAGACAAUAUCCUCUCCAUCUCCAACGAAGCUGGGGUGCUUCGGGAACAGGUGACACUGAAGCUGCUACCCGUGUCCCUUACAUUAGUGGAGCUUAAGCAGCAGGAUGCGAGCCUGCCCCUGUUUACCACCGUAGCGCUAGUAAAUUUUGGUCAAGCACUUGAGCAUUACAACUUAGAAACCUGCAGGCCUCAACCGGUGCCACUUGACGCUAAAUUGGGUACGGUGAGCGCCUGUUAUUCACUUCCGAUGGGCUUGACGUGCGUGGGAUUCUCGUCUGGGGCCGUGGCGCUGCUUGAUGUUUCUGCCCAGGGGGUGAACAUGUGUGCCGUGACCCGUCCUUUUCACGACACUGUGCAUGGGCUAGUAUGCUGCGAGACCUCCAACAUUUGCGCUGCCGUCGGUGAAAAUGCCCUUAAGUUUUUCAACCUCGCCGGUAAUAAAUUUGCGGAGGAUAAAAGGGAGGGCGUGGAACUUAAGGGGUCGUAUGGCGCCAUACGAGGGGCAGAGUGGAGCAAGGAUGGGUCCAAUGUCACUGUCUCCACGGAACGGGGGCAGUUGAUCAAUUACCGGCUGAACGUCUUGGCUGUAAGCAGUUCAAGCGGCGCCUGCAUUUACUUUCUCUCGUCUUCGCGCGUGGUGACCGCAAAGAGUCUUCAGGAUGACCGGGUACUGUAUACAGCAGCCGUGGAUAUUGAUCCAACGAUUAUUGCCGCAGCUCGAGGGGUUUUGGCGGUUUGCGCCGGAAACAAAGUUCUCUUUUACACGAUUGACGGGAAGGAGGUGACGCUGCUCCGUAGUGCUGAGUUUCCCGCCGCGGUUGCUGCUCUGAAGGUGUCGUCGAGGCAUGCGGCACCGCUAUGUGAUGGGAAGAUUGAGCUGCACGAGAUCCGGCCUGGCGGCAACUCCGUGACUCUGCCGGAAAACGGAACGGCAAACAUCAUUUCCGUGGACAUCUGCGAGACGCUUCUUAUUUAUGCGACGACGGAGAAAAUAUGUGUCAUCAACCUCACUGAUUUCCAGUGCGUUGUUGAGCAUGCGCCCUCCAUCGGCAUUAAGAAGGCUGUCUCCAACCCAAGUUGCACUCGAGUAGCACUCAUCGGCAAGAAUGACACGCUGUACAUAUUUAACCCCGUCACACUCACCGUGACUCAAACAGAGGGGUUCGAGACGGGGCACAAGAAUAUACUCUGGGACCAAGGCGACUACGGCGUCUUGGUCUCCUACGACAGCAAAAACAUGGUGACCUUCGUCUAUUCCCCGCACAGUCGUUAUGGUCCAACUUGCGAGUCGGUUGUGGUGAAGGAUACCAACACGGAGAAUCUUCUUACUCCGGUUCCCGCGGGCUACACACCAGUGUGUUUGUUUAAGGGGAAGGUGACGUUUCAGGCAUCUAGCGGCUCACUUGACGCCGUCCACCUCAAGUCCCACCAUCAGGCAACGACCCGUGUCCCAAACCCGGAGGCGUUCUACACCAAUUUCUCAUUGAAUCAUCUUCGCUGGGCCUCACAAAACAUCAGCACUCCACAAGAGGCGGAGGAUUUAGCCGUCAAGGCACUUCAUAUGCUUGACAUUGAACUUGCCAUUCGUCUCUAUCGUCAGCUUUCACAGCCCAGUCUUGUUAUGUGCCUUGAAAACAUCAAACACGUUAAUGAGAAAAAUCUCCUCAUUGGUCAUGUUUCUAUGAUUAUGGGUUUCUUUAAGGACGCACAGAGUUUCUUUCUGCGCUCCUCGCAGCCACUCUGUGCUCUUCAGAUGCGUCAUGAUUUAAUGCAGUGGGAGUCUGCGCUUGCGCUUGCAAGGCAAAUGGCGCCCGAGCAAGUCCCCAUUUUGUCCAAGGAAUACGCCCAACAACUGGAGUAUAGAGGAGAGUACGCCAAGGCGUUGGAGAUGUACAGAGCAGGGGAACGGGCGAUGCCGAAGGGCCACGCCAGCACAGAACUUACUGCUGCCCAGGAAGAAGUGCGAGACCACAAUGCCGUUUGUGCACACGGCGCUGCCAGGUGCUUACUGCGCACGGGAAGCAUCCGGGAAGGGGUGAAACUGGCCCUUGACUCCAACGAUGCAACACUGAUAAGGGACUGCGCGGAGAUCUUGGAAUCCGCCCGUCAAUUUGAGGAGGCAGCACACCUUUACGAAAAGUCCUCAGACUUUGAGCAUGCAGCCACGCUAUACAUUACGGAGGCGAAAAAUUUAAAGGCAGCAGGUCGUCUUAUUCCCAAAAUUUCGUCACGCAAUAUUAUUGGGAUGUUUGCCAAGGCGAAGGAAUCUGAAGGGGCCUUCAAGGAAGCUGAGCAGGCCUACACGCAGGCGGAGGAUUGGGACAAUGUGGUUCGAGUAAAGGUGGAGAAACUAAAUGACUUGUAUGGAGCAUACGUUGUCGUGCGUCAGUCGCGAUCGGCUGCCGCCGCCAUGGUGGUCGCCAACAUGUGCAAAAAAAGAGGUGAGUUUGGCUCGGCGGUGGAGUUCUUCGUUUUGGCGAAGAGUUUUCCAGAGGCGUUUGAGCUGGCCAAGGAGAAGAACUGCAUGUCAACACUGGAAUCUGCGCUGCUGAAUCAGGUACAACUCACCGACGGGAUUGCGCCUGCCGCCAGCCAGGCUGAGUUUGCGAUGAUUGCACAGUACUAUGAGCAAUGUGGAAAACCCGGGCAGGCCGGGUUGUUCUACCACAUUGCCGGGAACUUCCGACUGGCAUUGACAAAUUACCUUGACGGCGGUGAGCCCGAGGACAUUGAAAAGGCGAUUCAGGUUGUUGGCAAGUCAAGGAGUGAUGCGCUAACCAAUAGGCUUAUUGACUAUCUUAUGGGGGAAACCGAUGGUGAGCCGAAGGAGCCGUCGUAUAUUUUCAAGCUUUACAUGGCCCUGGGAAGCUACGAAAAGGCCGCCAAAACCUCAGUCUUGAUUGCCACCAAGGAGCAGGAGAUGGGCAACUACAUACUCGCACAUAAGACGCUUGUAGACGCAUAUCGUAUACUUAAGGAGAAAAAGAUGCACAUACCCAAUGAUCUUCGUCGUUCUUUGAUGCUGCUGCAUUCGUAUAUCAUUGCGAGGCCGCUUAUGAAGAUUAUGAAAGACGAUGAAACCGCUUCUCGUAUGCUGUUACGGGUGGUGCGAAACAUUCAUAAGUUUCCGAAGCAUAUUGCUGCCAUCUACACCUCCACUGCACUUCAGUGCUUGAAAAGUGGGUUCAAGAAGGCUGCCUUCGAUAACGCCUGUAUCAUCAUUCAAAAUGGGAAAUACAGGACCGAAUUGGAUGAUAAGACGCGGAAAAAGAUUGAGGGAAUCGUGCGUCGACGUGGGAAGGAAGAGAUGGAGGAUCCACCGGAGAAAACGUCCCCAUGCCCCUUCUGUGAUGCGCAAGUGCCGGAGACGGAGCUAGACUGUGGUGCUUGCAAGAAUACCUUGCCGUUCUGCAUCGUCACGGGCAAACACAUGGUGAAGGACAACUACUCGGAGUGCCCCAUUUGCCAAUUCCCCGCGCUCUACUCCUCAUUCGUGACACUCUUGCGGAGCUCCCAGACUUGUCCCAUGUGUGAGAGCAUUAUUGACCUGAACAAGGUCCAAAAACAAAGCGACCCCGACUUAAAGGCGUACCUCGCCUAG